AUGCCGAAGCCAACGGGUGGAUCCCAAUUCCAUGUUACCCUUGAGAGAGAGGCAUCAGCAAAAUCUGAAAAUGUAGAAGACUCUCAUAGAGUAGAGCUAGAAGAGGAGAACUAUCAGCAUGUAAUGAAUCCUGACGAUCCAGAUGAAUCAUAUAACCACCCUAUUCGAUUUGUUAGAAAUCCUAGACUGUCAAGAGAAGCUAGAGGAGAGCCUCCAGAAUAUGAACUGGGAAGAGAGACUGAAUUAGAAGAGGAGGAGCCUGUGAGAUUCCGUCAGCCAAGACAAGAGGAGGAGCAGGAACCAGCAAAUCCCCCAGAGGAACCCCCAGAGGACCCUCAAAAAACUCCAUUCCUAGACGUUGCUGUGAAUUUUAUACUUGACUACUGGAAAAUGAUAUCACUCGGGUUGCUGGCCCUCCUUAUUCUUGGCCUUGUUAUUUUCCUUAUUGUAUUUUUCGUGACCUUGAAACCAGCGGGACAUGCUACAGUGGCUCCGAACUCCACUACUUCUACAGUAACCGGGAGUACUGUCACUACUGUCACUAAACCAACUGCCGUUACUAUACCUACUGUAACCACCACUGCUGUUACUUCAUUACCCACAACUACUACUACUCUAAGCCCGGCGCCUACUCCCACUGCAGACCCCAACUCAAUCUGCACUGAUGGCUAUACACUUGUCUAUAACAAAUGCCUAAAGCUAAUCACUCAACCUGCCACACAAGCAAGUGCCUAUGAGAUAUGUAGUAAGACAGGUGCUAGCCUAGUAGUCAUUAAAAGCGGAGGAGAAAACAGAGAAAUCGGGGAGUUUUUGAAAUUGCAAGGUUUGCGGAAAAUCUGGAUAGGACUUCAGUGCAAUGAAAAUGAUAAAUCGAGCUGUCUAUGGGAUUUUGGUCAAGGCGACUUGACUUCGUAUAGUAAUUUUGUGACAGGGUCCCCAAAUGUGGGGUACGGCAAUUGUGUAUUCUAUCUGUACAAUGAGAGCUUGCCAGAUGCUGGUCAGUGGGGGAAUGGAAAUUGUGAUGUGGAUCAAUUGUCGUAUUUGUGUGAGGUGCCACCAACUAUUAAUGACUACUGCGACUUCAACUACAACAAGCACUGCUACACCCGCAUUGACUAUGGCUUCACAUUUACUGAUGCUCAAGACGCCUGCCAACGAAUAUGCUCUAACCUGCUAUCUAUCCAUUCAGAACUAGAAAACCGAUUUGUGACGUCCAUGUUUAAUAUCACCGGAUAUCUAAUGUUAGGUGGUGUUGCCCCGGCAAAAGAUCUUGUUAUGUGGAUAGACGGCACUCCAAGAGAUUACAAUAACUUGAAAUUGUUCAUAGCGGACCAGAAUUGUAUGUAUAUGAAUUAUAUAACUGGUGACUGGAGUUCAGUUGAUUGUGCGAGUGCUGCAUGGCCUAAUACUGUUGCCGCUGCCCCAACUAACAACAAGAAGACAUUUGCGGACAUGGUUCGAAAAUCUCUUCCUGUUCCUGCUGCUCAAGUCUCAGUUCUUCGUGCCGCUGAGUUGGCACAAACAUGUGAUGCUUGA